AUGAAAAAUGAUUGCAAAACCGACGCCGUUCUUUACAAGUUCGUGUCUUGUCUUAGUUGUCGACCUGUCCACAAGGCUGGGCCGGGCUCGGCCAGGUACUGUGCAACGGCGGUGUUCAAUGGCCCGGUAAGGAAGUGGAAGAAGAAGUGGGUCCAUGUGUCGCCUGCAAAUACCGUUAAACAAUCUCAGUCCAACGGGAACAACAACGGCAACAGUUCCGUUGCUACCAGCAUCCUACUCUGUCGGUGGACCCCACUUUCGUCUGCUGAUUCCGGAUCCUCUGCCGUUGACGGCGAGGACGAGGAGCAGCCUCCCAAACGCAAGUUCUGGUAUACCCCAGUUGCUGUAUUGGAGGAAAAGCAAAAAAGGGCAGAUGCGAAACAGGCUGGAGAUGAAGUUAAGACAGAUGAGAAUGAUACCAACCAGUACCCAGAUUGGCUAUCAACCAAGAGUGAUAAUGAGCUGAACAUGAAUAAAGAUUUGAACAAAGAAACUCAGCAUUCUAGCAUGGGUAAUUUGGGCCUGGAUUUGAGUUUGAAAGGCCAUGAUGAUAGCUGCGAUUCUGUUGGUGAGAAGGAAGGUCAUGAGAAGGCAGCAAGUCAGCAGGAUUUUGGACAAUGGGUUGACAUGUAAGUAGUUCAAAGGAUAGAAUUCAUGUGCCAACAAGAAUCCACAGAUUUGGUCACUCCAUAGCAGUGCAUCAUAUGUAGCAUAUACUUGUAUGUACGCUUGGUCAUAUGUAUAUUCUAGCCUUAGCAGCUGUUUGCUCCUUAUCAAAGCUUGAGCUCAUACUGCCGAUACUGCUGUUUACCUUCGAC